GGAGGUGCUGGUGUUACUAACGAACUUUAUAUACCUGUCGAGAGAUCAAUUGGAAUGACAGCCUUUAUUUCAUUAUCAUUACUAUAUUACUAUACUACACUGGAGCAAAAUUUCAUAGUGAUGAGUUAUUCAACAGGUAUAACUUUGUCAAGAUAUUCAAAAUUUUCAAAUGGAAAUUAAAAGAAAAUCGGAGACUAUUUCCUAUCAAUUGGUAUACUGACAAUGACUGUGUAUGACAAUGUCCAAAGGAAUAAUGUUCAAAUAACAAACAGAAGCAAUAACUUAUUUUUGUAAGUAUAAUUUUAAAUCAUCCAUCGACGUCUAUUUCUUUGAUAAUUAGCGUGAUUAUGAGAUUGUGGAAUGGCACUUAUGAUUGGAGACGAAAGUAUUAACUUACAAUGGAUCAAAUUGAAACCAGUGUCUUAUAUAUGAAAAACUGAAAAAGAGAAACUGCUGCAAAAGUGAAAUUGGAACAAAAAAUUUCUUUUAAUUAAAGUUAUUUUUUAUUGACAUACAUAAAAUUGGCAUAUACAGCAAUAACUAGAUGAAGCAGGAAUAUGGAUUUCAGGAAUAUAAAAAGAACGUCAUCAAAUUUCUACAAAAUUGAAAAUUGUGCAACUUGUGGUCAUCAACUAGAGAAGAAAAAAACAAGUGAAACUUUCUUAAAUCUUCAAAAUAACUGGACAGAGGAAAGAUACAACAUCACAAUAGCCAAGCUGCUGCAAUGAAACUGAACUUACACCAAAUUGGAUGACCAUAACAUCACUAAAUGAUGACCAUGCUAUCAUUGAGUGUGACAAUCGACGUUAUGUUAACACCAGCAAAAGUUUACUAUGUGGAUGUAUACCAGGACCUUUGUACAGACUACAGUUAUAUGUAGUCAGUCUGUCUACACAUUCACCGACAUUAUAUGAGUAUGCGGGCAAGUAACCGGAGCGAAAUAAUCUGCUGAAAUUACUUUCAGUUGUCAGAGUUUCUGACAUAAAUUUAUUUGAGACUGACGCAGAAAAAUUUGAAGAGAAAUCUUUAAUCGAGGCAAGAAGAGGAUCCAACAAGCAACAUUGAAGGAACUCUAAAGGACAGUUGAGGCAGUGUCACCGGGACAAAAGAGACAUCUUUAGUUGGGUAAAUCCUCAUCAGUCUUCAUCAGAAAGUAUAACUUCACUAGGAGACACAACAUACAGAGGUAGAACAAGAAAGCAUUACAGCGACAGGGAAAGCGAGAGUACAUCAUCCCUGGAAUUGUCUGCUGAUUCUGACAGUAAAGAAUCUUUUCUUGAUGAAAAGAAACCACUGGUGCUUGAUCCUGUUCACCUUGAGACAUGCACCAACAGAAGGACCUCCUCAACUGAACAUGUCCCCAAGUUGUCCACCGAUAGGGGCAGCCUUGUGAAGGAAGAUACAUCACUGGAAUCACUUGUUCGGUCACCUCGACAGCAGGUUUGCCGUGAGGACAGCAGCUGCUUGACUUCAUCCCUCGACACAUUUUCCGACAUUGACUACCAACAAACCUGGGAGGAACCAUGCUCAGUACACCAGGUGGUCCGGACCAAAAGGUGUCUCCGGAGCGAAAAUAGCUUAUCCAGUAUAUCAACAGGGUACUUGGGAUCAUUGGAAGAAACUGAUACAAGCAGUAUUUCUCAAGGCAGUCGUAGCUCAUCUAGUGACAUUGUAGGGUGCCAAGAUCUAAAACCAAACCAACCAUUUCCUCUAUUUGAAAAACUGUUCCAGAGUGUCAGUCAUCUUCAGACUUUGGCCAGCCAGACUCACGAAGAAGAACCUAUGGAUUCUAAUUUUUGUAGUUUUGACAAUAAUUCUGAUAACAUGAGAAAUGGUCAAACAGAAUCUUCAAAAAGAGAAGUUUUUCUACCUGAAGAUGAAGAUGAAUUUCCUUUCUCCAAAUAUACAUUUAACAAAAAACCUGAAAAGGAGAUAUUGAGUACUUCAUCAGAGCUAUCGUCAAGUUCACAUGACUCUGCCACAACAGAUGGUUACGUCUUUCCUCAAAGACAAAACUCCUGUCUCAGUCAUAGUCAGUCAUAUAGCUCCUUAUAUUCAGGUUAUUCUGUCAAUACUGACCAUAGUGAUCCAAGGUCGAGUAGCUACCCUGCAAUGUACCACUCUCCCGUCCCCUCCCACCUUCUCCAGGGGGACAUGUUAGGGGCUGGACUUGGCUAUUCAGGUGACAGGUUGAUGUCACACAGAGAAAGUGCAACAGACAUGUUGUUUAAUCUUGGGUUUGGAGGUGGAGACAACUUUCUACCUGACCGGUUUGCCCGAGACUGGUGUCAGAAAAUACAAAAGGCUUACCAAGAGAGAAUAGACCAACAGCGACUUCAGUUGUCCUAUCAGCAAGUGUUUCCAGAGCAGAAUCCCUGGGCUUGUUACUCUGGGGUGACAUUAACCAACAAAAACAAGGCAGGUCAAUUUCCUCACCUCGUCAGUCAAGUGGAAUCAGCUAGUGGGCAGCAAGUACCCCUCCAGAAGACUAGAAAUACACUUCAAAAGUUACACGAGUUACUACAGCCUGAUUCUGGUUGUCUCAGCUCCAAGGGCAGAGAUGUUAGCUCUGACAACACUGCGCUACGUUUAGGGGAAGAAUCUGGUAUGGCAACGAGGGACAAUGAUUUGAUCAGUGAGAAAAGAAACAAGCAGUUUUUAGCAAAUAAACAAAAAUCUCUUCCAUCUUACCUAGAAACUCUGGAGGAAAAGGAUGAGAGAUUGCUGCAGGGCAAGUACAAAACACUAGCAUCUAAGGAACCGAAGUGGAGGAAGAAACUUUCCACAAUUGAUCACAGUGAUACCAGCUCAAGUAACAGUAGUAUGCCUGACAGCGAAGAGGACCACUUGGAUAUCGUUUUCGAUGUUCAACAAAAUACCAAAUGUAGAUCAAAUGACAAAACAUUAAAUCCUGAUAAUUUUUACCAGCCCUCCUUAGGCCAGCAUAAUCAAAUUCCAACUUCUAAAAUCCUUGACAACAUGGAACAUGAAAUUACAUCAGAUCAGUUUUUAAAGCAAAAUCAAUUUGCUAGACAUCAUGAUAAAACAGAUCAACAUUUAAAACGGUUUCCUAAUCCAGACCACUUAUCCAAAGAUGUUGGUAACCAAGGUAAUGACUUGAGACUUCAUCAAAGUAGGCCUAGAAAGAAUACGGAGUACCCUAGUGUCCUUCACAAAUCACUUCAAAAUGGUCAAACAAAUAUCUUUGAAUACCCAGAUCAACAAGAUCAAAGUUCCAAUGGAAAGGCAGCUAGUCAAGGUCAAGGUCACGAAAGAAAUAGGCUCAAAGGUCAAAGUAGCAUUGAUAAAGCCAGUGUGCCAAGUAUUUACAUCGGGCCAACCACAGAGGACUCAAGAACUGACAGUAUGGAGGUGGCCGAGAUUCUAGUGCAGACAUCACAGGAUGACACAGUUGUUGACAAAUCUCAGAAGCCCCCAAAAAUAAACAACCUUCUUCAUGUCAAUAUAUCUGAUGACAGGAUGUUGACAGUGAGUCCACUUUCCGGAUCUUCUUUGUCUCCAGCGUUUUUUUCCCCGGUCACUGUAAUAGAGGUUAAUCUGGACAACCAAAAUGACAUCAUGGAGGCAGAGGAUGGUAGCAAAAUUUUCAAUCAGAAUGGAUUUAGUUCAGCCAACUCUCAAGAUUCAGACCCAGGGGGACAUACAUAUCUCAAUGGGGGCUCUAAUGCAAAUAGUUGUGUUCGCAGGAAUAGUUUCAUUGAUGCCCUGGUUUUUGAAGACUGCAGAGAACGUAUUAAAAAAGCGGAUACAAGGAGAUCAUCUCUGGACCUUAAAUAUAAAGAUUCUGAUGUCAACCAACAUAGACUUCAGACAAUACUAGACGCUGUCAAUCAAACUAAAACGGAAUUGGAAGAUGUCGCAUUACAGGAAUCUGACAAAAAUGGUUUUAGUGCAAACGUUGAUUGCAAUGAUAAAAAAUGUGAACAUGACGAUAAUGUCAAAAGGAAAGACAAUAAUGAUGUAUGUAUUCAGGCAGAUGAUGGCAGCCUAACACCCCUGUUACGCGAGUCAGACUUGGAACAACUUUUAAAGUGUUUGGAGGUGUUUGAUGGGACGGAAUACUCUUAUUAUCUGGCUCAGGACAGGGGCACCCAGUGGGUCAGCUCCGACGUUCAUGUCUCUAGUGACUUAACUGACCUCAACAACAGUGUUACUAAGGAAACAAAUCGUGACCACACAGAUAUGAGAGAAAGGGGUACUUCCUCAUUGCCCUACAAACACACAGGUAAAGAAGGAAAAGAUUCAGAAAUGAAUUCUUUCAUUAAUCUUAAUACCAACUAUGGAGAGUUUUCAAAUACUGGAGAUUUAGAAACGCAAUCCUCUGUCUGGGACUCAAAUGUGUCUAUGGCAAUGCGGCAGGCUCAUUUUGGCAAGAAUGAGGCUGUCACCAUGGAUACAGAGCAAAGAAAGCAUAAUAUCGGUGGUGCUUUAUCUAACACAAAACCUUCCAGGAUUGGGCUGGCCGACAGGGACAAAGAAGGGCUUGGUAACCUUUCAAAUUGUUCCAGUCAAGUUACCAUAGAAACAGGGAAAGAUAACUCCCCACAUGUAUCCGACAUGGACUCCAGUGAUCAGAGCGAAUGUAACUUUCCUUUGUUUCGUAAGCGUGAAUCUGUAGACUCUCAAACUAUGAGGAAGUUCUUCUCUAGUCAAAGAAGAGACUCAAUCAGACAGAUAUCAUUGGACAUCAGUACCUACAGCCAGGCUACACAGACUUAAAAUGGUGUGUCUGGAAAUGUGUAAGGUCAAAGGUUACAGGUCAUUUAGAGUAACCUCAAGGAUGGUUGUCAUGACAAUUUGUGUUCGGAUUUCUGUGACAUCCUACAAUAUUUCAUGUUGCAGACAUUAAAAAAAAAUGGAAAACCUACAUCAGUUAGGUGGAAGCAGUAAUGAAAGUUUUUAAAACGUAUUUCAUAAAAGGAAAAGUACGGCAUGAAAGAAAUCUAGAAAUACUAGCUAGCUGUAGACAUUAUUGAUGGACUAUUCUGACAUUGAGUUGUUUGCUCAGAUGAGGAACUUGUACUUAGUUUCAUAAAUCUCACAUAAAAUGUUUUUUUUCUCUAUCUUAUCAUCAAAAUUAUUUAUAAAUGUAACGUAAAGAACAUACAUGUCUAUGUUACCGUGACUUGGAGUUUAUACCUGUUUUUGUGUCCAUUGCCAUUAGAAGCUAAAACUUUUGGAAGGUGAUAAAAGUGUAAAGCAUACAAUUUUAAGUAUUGUAUAAAAAGAUACAACAGCAUAUUCCUAUUUUGAGUGUAUGUGAAUUUCUCUUUUUUUGAGAUGCAGCACCUUUAGUGGUGUUCAACAUCACUUCGUCAGUUUAUUGUAUCACAAUAGGUCAUAUACAUUAC